CUCCCAUGUAAGAAGCAAGAGGAAGACUCACACACUCAAGUGUUCAGUUGUGCGGCCACUCACACACAGGUUCACAGGAUACUGAGGUUGGGUGAGCGACUAGGAGAGAGAAAGAGAGGACAAGAGACAGAGGACAGCCACUAGUUGCUCAUAGACACUCAAGCUUUCAAGGAGAGCACUGAUAGCCUACCAUAUGUGUGGCUCCUCCCAAGGCUUCACAGCCUCCUCCUCUCCGUGCACCACAGCCAUGUUAACCCCAGAAAGCUCACCGCAAAGCACAGGGGUCAUCGCAGCGAUGCCAGAGCCACAGGAUGUAGACAUGACAUCAUUGAGCGAGGCAAACUUUGAGGAGAAGUGCACUUAUAUCGUCAAGGACCAACAUCUGGAGGAAGAGUCCGAAAACAACAGCAAGACACGAGCUGAGAGAUCCUUACCCAGAAACCUGACGCUGAAACGCUGCCACAUCUCUGCAGAGGUGCUUGGGGUGACCAGUAAGGAACUGAUUCCUAAGGGAACACGUUUUGGCCCUCUGGUGGGGGAAAGCUACACCAAUGAAACGCUGUUGAAAGACGCUGACAGGAAGUACUUCUGGAGGGUUUUCUCUGAGGGGCGUUUACACCACAUCCUGGAUGGUUUGAUCGAGGAGCGGAGCAACUGGAUGCGCUAUGUCAACCCGGCCUGUACUGUGGAGGAGCAGAAUCUGGUUGCCUGCCAGAGUGGUUUGGACAUCUACUUCUACACCAUCAAACCACUUCAACCGGGCCAGGAGCUCCUGGUGUGGUACUGCCCUGAAUUCGCCCAGCGCUGUAACUACCCUCCACUGGGCCAACUUGCUACGGACAGUGUUGAUCAGAGUCAAGCUCAGAAAAAGACAACAGAAAAACGAGGACACAGCGUCUCUGAAAUCCUCAGAGACGAGCCAUCCAAAUCCCUGACUACCUCCCCCAGACGUCUGGAUAGUCCCUUGUCUCAUGUCAACCUCCCAGCAGUUUUUCCCCUGUGCCCCCGUGUUGUCUACCCAAUCCAUCCCAACUCAGAAUCCAUCCAUGGCCACAGACAUGCAACUCUACCACAUCUGCCAUCCGGUAGCCAUCCAGCUGCCAAAAGACCAGCUCUAAGUGGUCCUCUCCCUUCCAGUUUGCACUUCACCUUUCAGCACAGUCAAGGCCCUGUUAUAGCCAAACCUUACCAAGAGCCUUCUGUGCCUGAUCGAGUUUAUCCUGCACUGAGGCAUUCUCCCUAUCUACUGCCUCACUACUCGCUCGGCCUUAACAGCAUUCUACCUCAUUCUUACCCAUUGUACAGAGAUCAACUGAAACCUCACUUAACACUCUCAUCUAAUUUACUGCCUUAUGCACACUUCUUCCAACCUCUGGCCAACGGACACAAAGACUUGACACUUGCACUAUCCGACACCAAACAAGACCUCAUUCUUUCACCAAGCAGUGAGCACAGAGACAGGACAAACUACCUCAGAAUCCCCUCACAUAACCUCAGAGAUUUCACACACUCUCCUCCCAGCAAUGUCCAAGCAGACCUCACUAUACCCACCACGUCCAGUGCUUCAUCCAUGGUCACCUCACUCCGCAGAGCACUGCCCUCUCUUGCGCCUGGAGGAUGCUCACCACCAGUGGGCAUGGCCGCCUUUUCAGAUUGCCUCCCUUCCAAACCCACCUCUGCCACUCAGAGCAAUACUGAGGAUGCAAUGGACCUCAGGAAGAUCACACAAGGUGGGCAGGUUAUUGGCUACAAGACCCUGUCUUACCCCCUCACCAGGCAGAAUGGAAAGAUUCGGUAUGAGUGCAAUGUCUGUGGAAAGGUCUUUGGGCAGCUGUCCAACCUCAAGGUCCAUCUGCGAGUGCACAGCGGAGAGCGUCCCUUCAGGUGUCAGACCUGCAAUAAGAACUUCACUCAGCUGGCCCAUCUGCAGAAACACUACCUGGUUCACACAGGAGAGAAGCCUCAUGAAUGCAAAGUGUGCCAUAAGCGAUUCAGUAGCACUAGUAACUUGAAGACCCACCAGCGUCUACACUCAGGUGAGAGGCCCUACCAGUGCAAGCUCUGCCCAGCCCGCUUUACUCAAUUCGUCCAUCUCAAGCUCCACAAACGCCUCCACACUGGAGAACGGCCUCACAGGUGUCCUUGCUGCCCCUGUGCCUAUCUCCACUACUGCAGCCUCCAGGUGCACCUCCAAGGCUUCUGCCCUCUCUCCCCUGCGGCAUCUCACAGACACUCACCGGAGGAGCUACACCGAGUCAAUGCGGAGAUUGAGAGGUUUGAUAUGAGCGAGGCGGCAGAGCAGCUAGAGACCAUGGCUGCAGAGGCCGAGAUGGACAAGGGGAAUGUUAUUGACUUAAUAAAGAAGAUGGAGACUCAUUCCUCUGGCCCCCAUGAUGACGAAGAAGUGGAGACUGAGCUGAGCAUCUACACAUCAGCAAAGGAGUGUUCUGCCGUUCAGUUGCAUCAUGCCAGCCCUCUACCUCUGCAUUCAACCAGCAUCAAGCUGGAGUCAGGCUGCAUAUCAGAACCCUAAAACAGCCUUGCUAAUCCAGCCAUAUAAUCCUUACAGGUCAACUCAGCAGCUGUCUGUUACUGCCCUAUUUGAAGCAAAGCCUUAUCUCACUCAUGGAUUGCAUAGUCUAUACUCUACACAAGCUGUAGCAUGUGAAGAAUCAAGACUUUACCAGCAUGGCCUGGGACCAGUGGCUUGAUUGAUUUACAUCAUUGUUAAUUUAUUCUGUUGCUAACAAUCUAAAAUUGCAAUUUUGUUUUUGUAUAUCUGGAACAUCUUCAUGGAACAACAACUAAACAUGUGAUUUUGCAUAAACAAAGCUUGUGGUUAA